UCUUCCUCCUCCCCUUCCUUCCGCCCGAAGUCUCCAUCUAAAACCUUCGCGUCGUCCCGCCUCCACUUUUGCCAUUUUCCCUCGCACAAUCCCCGCCCCCGUCAAACCCUAGUUCCCCCGCCGAGCACAACGCGCUCGGCGGCGCCCUCUCAGAUCCAAUGGGGGCGGUGCCGUCGACGCCGAGGCUGGGCGAGGCGGGCUCCGCGUCGCCGGGGGAGGCGCCGUCGACGCCGAGGCUGCGCGAGGCGGGCUCCGCAUCGCUGGGGGCGGCGGAGCAGAUGUUCGCCGCGCUCGUCGGCGACAAGGCCUACCCGAUCUCCUCCGAGUUCUGGAGGCAGCUGCUCGAGCUGCCCCUCACCCUGCAGGGGCUGCGGGACCGCGUGCUGCAGGCCUGCCACCCCUUCGCACAAAACAACUACCAUACGACGCAUCUUGCAAAGAUCUUGAUCCAUUUGGUUUGGUGUUUGCAAGAGUGCACAUCGGCUUCUUCUGUAUCUUCUAGCGUCUAUAGAAAGGCUAUUAAUGCUGCCUACAUCUCAUCCAUAUUUCUCAAGCUCAUUACUGAGAACGCCAAGGCAGAUAAUUGGCAAGAGCUAUGCCUUGACACGAACAAAGAUGAAAAGGGGCUGGAAAAUUUUCCUUCUGACCAAAGUGUGGAGUAUUUUCUGAUGAAAGGGGUGCCGAACUACAUUGGUAGUGUAGAUAUAAGUCCGGAGUCAUGCUACCUACAUCAGGAGCUUCUAAACUUGAUGCUAGUCCUUUUGUCGACUCAGUUAUGUUCUGGACCAUCUCCAGAACCAAAAGAUGUGCAUCCUUUCAUUGAUGCGGCUAUGCUUCAGGAUGCUUCCAUAGUAGCUUCCGUUGUUCAAAAGUUGCUACUUAAUUUUGUAAGACGGCCACAAAUUCCUUCAAAUGGUUCACACCCUGUUUUCUCUGAUGAUGGUGGGCCUGGUGUUAUGCAACGAGUUGGUUCAGCAGCUGGUAAUGCGGGUUAUAUUUUCCACAGGACAUGCUUAUAGUUUAUGUAUCCUCACGAUUGACGUCAUGUGAAUGCAACUCACUCACGUGAUAUCAAUACUCUGAACAUUUUCAUCUUAUGGAUAAUUUUUUGCUCAUAAUGUAUUGACUUAUUUGGUAGUAAUCAUAUCUGAGAUUUAUGUUAUAAUAGAUGAUGCUAGGCCAUUUUACACCUUUAUUGUUGUUGGAAAUAUGCCCUAGAGGCAAUAAUAAAAUGGUUAUUAUUGUA